CUUCUUCCUUUCUCUUCUUGUAACAAAAAUGGAGACCGAUCUUCGCACCGAUUCUGCAGACUACAGAACUGAGCUUCUAUCACCUGCUGCAACCCCACCAGGGCAAGGUGUUGUUGCAACGCCAGCAUGGCAACUCAACAUGGAUGGGGUUCAGUUACCAGAGAAACACACAUAUUCUGAUUUUGGUUUUGGAUAUUUUUUCAAGACAAUAAAGAGACGAAGAAAACUUGCGGCAUAUUACAAGAGGCAGGAAACCAUUCUCAAAGGAUUCAAUGAAGUGGACGGAUUUACUGAUCAAGGCAAGUUGCCUGGAAGCUGUUUGACAGAGGAUGAAACGGAGCAACUUGCGAGGAGCGAGAGGAUGGCAAUACAUGCAUCAAACAUAGCAAACGUAGUGAUUUUUGUUGCAAAAGUGUAUGCUGCGGUUGAGAGUAAAUCGCUAGCAGUGAUAGCUUCCACCUUAGACUCCCUUUUGGAUCUUUUAUCAGGUUUUAUCCUUUGGUUUACUGCUUCUGCUAUGCGAAAACCCAAUCAACAUCUCUAUCCUAUUGGAAAGGACCGAAUGCAACCUGUGGGCAUUGUUAUUUUUGCAUCAGUAAUGGCGACUCUUGGAUUACAAAUAUUGUUCGAAUCAACUCGACAACUUAUUACAAAGACUCAGCCUGAAAGGGACCCCAUAAAAGAAAGAUGGAUGAUAGGGAUUAUGGUGUCGGUGACAGUAGUAAAAUUUGUGCUUACGGUCUACUGUCGCAGAUUUAAAAAUGAAAUUGUUAGGGCAUAUGCUCAAGACCAUCUCUUCGACGUCAUCACCAACUCAAUCGGUUUAGCAGCAGCUGUUUUGGCCAUCAGAUACUACUGGUGGCUCGAUGCCACUGGGGCCAUUCUUAUAGCUCUAUAUACAAUAAGUAAUUGGGCAAAGACAGUGAUGGAGAAUGUUUCAUCAUUGAUUGGGAGGACAGCGCCGCCAGAGUAUCUGGCGAAGCUCACAUAUCUAAGUUGGAACCACCACAAGAUGAUUGAGCACAUUGAAACAGUUAGAGCAUACACAUUUGGUCGUAACUACUUUGUGGAGGUUGACAUUGUGUUACCGGGUGGCAUGACCCUGGGUGAAGCACAUAACAUCGGGGAGUCCCUCCAAGAGAAGCUUGAACAACUUCCAGAUGUUGAGCGAGCAUUUGUCCACGUGGAUUUUGAUACUACUCAUAAGCCAGAGCAUCAAGCGCCAAAGGUGCUCUAACUUAAUCUAUUAAUUUUGGUUUAUUCUACUCAUAUGUUCAUUCCUAAGGUUUUAGUUUAAUUUGUGCACUGUAAUGUUUGUACUCGGGUUAGUGCAGGGGUGCUCAACCAACCCCUUCCUUUUGUAUUUCAUUUUUCUUUAUUAAUGGAGUUUCACUCAAAAAAAGAGUCGUGUUUGUUUUAUUUACAAUAAUGUUGUAAAUGAUACAAAAAUGCUGACAUGAUAAUUUUAAUUAAUUUUUUAGUUUCGUUUUUAAUAA